AUGCCUCGCCUCGUCUCCCCCACUGCCCUCCACGCCCUCCGCGCCUCCUCUACCAUCACCGCUGGCCCGGCCGCUGCUAGCCGCGGAGUCGCAGCCUUCUCCUGCUUUCUCUCCACCGCCGCCGGCGCAUCUGCCCUCCCGCGCAACAGCGUGAGCAAGGUCUCUGCCAGCCGCAGUACCAAGCUCGCCCUCGCCCGCCGCUUUGCGCCCUUCGCGCUCUCCGCCAACGCCUCCUUCUUCUCUACCUCGGCCGUGACCAUGGCCGGCGGCCUCGGCGCAGGCGAGGACAACGUCCGUCCGCCGCCCGACCAGGUGCUGCAGGACAUUGCUGACUACGUGCACAACUACGACAUCAACAGUGACGUCGCGUACAAGACAGCCCGCCUUUGCCUGCUCGACACGCUUGGCUGCGGCAUUGAGGCGCUGCGUUACCCCCAGGCAAAGGCCAUCACCGGUCCCGUCGUCCCAGGCACCGUCGUCCCCAACGGUGCACGUGUGAUUGGCACCGAUCACGUCCUCGACCCCAUCCGCGCCGCUUUCAACAAUGGCGCGCUCGUCCGCUGGCUCGACUUUAACGACACGUGA